ACCUUCUUUGGGUAGCAAGGUGUCAGUUCUCCAAAAUGCCUUUUGUCACUAAGAUUAGAAAACUGACUGCUUUGAUUCUUCUGACUGCAGCAACCCUUAGUCAAACUGAUGAAAUUCCUCAUCAGAUCUCUUUGAAACUGGUUGACGUUGGCGGGACUGUUUCUCUGCAUUGUCCAGUUACAAAGACGGAGCGCAAAUUCUUCUUCUGGUACAGGCAGCCUCUUGGACAUAUGCUCCAGACAGUUUCCACAGGAAGCUUGACUGAACAAAAACUGAGUGAACAAUUUAACAACAGUCGCUUUAAUUUAAAAGCAGGGGAUUCUCAAUACUCUCUUACUAUCAAGAAUGUCAGAAAAGAGGAUGAAGCAACAUAUUUCUGUCAAAGUGGGACUGCUUAUUUUCAGAGUUUUGCUGCAGGGAUGUACUUGGCUGUAAACGAUCAUGACAGUCGAACACUGACUCAUGUCAGACAAACUCCAGAGACAACAUCAGUCCAGGACGGGGACACAGUUAAUCUCCAUUGUUCUCUUCUCUCCAAGACGUCUGUAAACUCUGGUCAAUGUCCAGCUAAAAACAAUGUGUUCUGGUUCAGAGUCGGAUUCGGAGCCUCUCAUUCAAGCUUUAUUUAUACUAACAAAAACAGCUGUGAUGCUCAGCAAAGGAGCUGUGACUACCGACUGUCAAAAACUAUACAGAACUCCUCAGAUGCUGGAAUGUAUUACUGUGCUGUGGUCACAUGUGGGAAGAUCCUGUUUGGAGAAGGAACUAAAGUAGAAACAAGUAAACCUGUGGAACCUGUUCUCAUUGUCCUGAGUGUGCUGUUAUGCCUUUGUGUGACUGUGAUCGCAAUUCUUUUAUUCUCCAGAGAUUAAAGUUUCUUUUAGGAAGAAGAAAGAAAAGAAACAUCGUCUAUCAACAACUACUGACUGAAAUAAUGGGGAAGAAAAUAUCAGUUAUUGUGCAUGUAUGAAAUACCUAAAAUAUUUUCAUUGUAAGAUUUGUUUGUGUUCAAUGCUAAUGUUGCUUUGUAAAAACGACAAUAAGCUGUCUGCUUAAAUGUUGCAAGAUAUUUCUAUUUGGCUUUGUGCCUUAGUGAACAUGUAUAGUACUAAAUUAGACAGGCAGAAUUUCCACUUUCUUAUUUCUCUUUA